UAUGGCCGAUCAACUAUCAGAGGUUCGUCCAGAGCACAAAUUCGAUGAGACCGUGCUUCAGGAAUAUCUGAAGCAUAACUUUCUCGCCUUUCCCAAAAGUUAUGGAAAUAUGAAGGUUAUGCAAUACAGCUCUGGGCAAUCCAAUCCAACAUUUUACCUGGAAAAGGAUGGAAAAGAAUUUGUUCUCAGGAAAAAACCUUGUGGCAAGCUUCUCAAAGGAGCACAUCAGGGUAUCAUAUUUCGUGAACUAACUCUACCAAAUCAUUCAGGAGAUGAUCGAAAAGCUAUCUACAAUGGCAUGAUCAGUACUUUGGCAAGGUUACACAAUAUUGAUUGGAAGAGUUUGGGACUUUCUGAUUUUGGCUAUCAGUCCAAUUACUUAAGGAGACAGAUAUCAACCUGGAGGAGACAGUACAGAGCCUCAGAAACACGUCACAUUGACUCUGUGGAAAGUCUGCUAUCCUGGCUUGAGAACAAUAUUCCUGUUUGGAAGCAAAAUAUAGUUCUAGUUCACGGGGAUUUUAGACUGGACAAUUUGAUUUUUGAUCCUGGCAAGUUAUGUGUGAGUGCUGUGUUAGACUGGGAGUUGUCAACUCUGGGUGAUCCACUACUUGAUCUAGCCUACUGCUGCUUGCCUUACCAUUGGCCGAAAGAACUUGGACAUAUGUCUUCAUUUUCAUUAGGGUUCUUGGCCCCAGGAAUUCCAUCAGAAAAGGAUCUUAUUUCUCAGUACUGUGAAUUGAGAGGACUUGGGGAUAUCCUUCCUCAACAUUGGAACUUUUACAUUGCAUUGUCAUUUUUUAGAGUGGCAGCUAUAGCCCAGGGAAUCUAUGCAAGGGCCAUCCAUGGAAAUGCAAGUGCUAAAAAUGCUUCUUUGUUUGGAAAUCUUGUUGAGCCACUGGCAUGUGCUGGAUUAAAGGUGGCCCUUCAGGCCCAUAAACAAAAGAUGCCCAUGGAAAAUAUGUCCUCCAUCUUCCAGCCAUCUGUGAAGGCUCAAAGACUCUACAAAAAAAUGAAUGCUUUUAUGGAAAAGUAUGUGUACCCAGCUGAGGAGGCUUACUAUCAGCAUGUGAAUAAUCCAGCAACCCAAUGGAGCGUCCCUCCAUUUAUGGAGGAUUUAAAGAGAAAAGCUCAAGGGGAAGGGCUGUGGAACCUAUUUCUACCAAGUGUCUCAGGUUUAAGUCAACUUGAGUAUGCUGUGUUAGCUGAGGUUACUGGAAGAUGUCCUUUUGCUGCAGAAGUCUUCAACUGUAGUGCACCAGACACUGGCAACAUGGAGGUUCUUCAUCUAUAUGGCACAUUAGAACAGAAGAAGGCCUGGCUUGAACCUCUUCUGAAAGGGACAGUAAGGUCUGCAUUUUGUAUGACAGAGCCAAGUGUGGCUUCUUCUGAUGCAACAAACAUGGAGUGUGAGAUUACCAGACAGGGUACUGAAAUUGUUAUCAAUGGAACAAAGUGGUGGAGUAGCGGGGCAGGGGACCCACGUUGCAAGAUAGCCAUUGUGAUGGGAACUAGUAAAGCUCCUGGUCUAUCAAAACAUAAGCGUCACACUAUGGUGUUGGUUCCAUUAGAUACUCCAGGAGUUAUUAAAGUCAGGCCUCUUACAGUCUUUGGUUACAAUGAUGCUCCUCAUGGCCACUAUGAGAUUGAGUUCAAAGAUGUUCAUGUACCAGCUUGUAAUGUUAUCUUGGGUGAAGGAAGGGGAUUUGAAAUAGCUCAAGGUCGUCUAGGUCCAGGCCGUAUUCAUCACUGCAUGCGCUUGGUUGGUUUGGCAGAGCGAUCUCUUGACCUUAUGGUCCAGCGAUCUUUGGAAAGGGUGGCAUUUGGAAAACGUUUGUCAGAAAAGGGGAUGGUUCAAGAACAGAUUGCUCUUUCCAGGAUUGAAAUUGAGCAGGCGAGAUUGUUAGUCCUUAAUGCUGCUCAUAACAUUGACAGGCUUGGAAACAAGGCUGCUAAGAAUCAGAUCGCCAUGGCAAAGAUUGUUGUUCCUCGGAUGGCUUGUAAUGUCAUUGAUAGAGCAAUUCAGAUACAUGGUGGAAAAGGUGUUUGUCAGGAUACUCCACUGGCCACUUUCUAUUGUCAAGCACGGAGCUUGCGGAUUGCUGAUGGUCCAGAUGAAGUUCACUUGGAAGCUGUAGCUAAAUUGGAGCUUAAGAGAGCACUAAUAGCAAAAAUAUAAAGUGGCAUAGAUCAGCACUUUUUUUCAGCUGCUGACCAAUUACGGACUGGUCACAAGGUGCAGGAGGGGGGUUGGGCUGGAAAAAUCAGAUUUUUAAUGAAAGCAUUUUCAGUAGGCCCCUUCCCCCUUGGUGAUUGUAUGAUUGAACAUAGCACACCUUUGAAUCCUAUAACUUACACCCCCUCCUAAAAAGCUCUAUGGCGAAAGUAUUUUGCUUUUACUUACCUUUAUCUCACUCCAACAAGACCUGUGGUGUAAAUUUCCUGAAACCAAAUUUGAAAUAACUGAGGCUUCAUUUGCCAUUUCAAAUCUGUGAGAUUUUACUCCUCGUACCAGUCAAAGAAGAUGCUCAAGUUGUCAAAAGUCGUUGGUAAUUUAAUACCACUCAAAUGUCGCACCAUCUUGACAAAUCGUGACGCUCAUAAAACAUUAAGUAAUUGCUGAUAUAUUACAACCUUUCACUUAACAUGGGUACCAGUUCGGGUGGCCUGUGAUAACGAAAAUCAGAGUCAUUAUUAUUUAGACAGUUCAGGGUUUCUGUAGCUUUCAAAGUCUGCUGCAGUUCCUAUUUUAAGAAUAUGCUUAUUUUUAAAGUUAACAUAGAGUUAGGGGCAUUGCUUACCAGUUUAUUGAACUCCACUGUAGUAUUCAGGUAGCGUUCUUCAUUCCCUAAGGAACUAGACCCAAAAUAGCCAUCCUCAAAGUUUGAAUUCAACUCAUUAAAACGUAACUGUUAAUUAAACACUUCCAGAACCAUGA